AUGAACAAAAAAGUUCCGAAAACUGCCGCAUCUCUAUUCACCAUUCGCCAAAGGGAGGGUGAAACUUUGAGAGACUACAUCCACAGAUUCGUGGACGCAGUGCACGAAGUUCUCCAUGUUAAUCAUGAGUUGUUGGCUAGUAUCAUCCAACAGAACCUACUACCGGGAAGAUUCAAGGAGUCCAUAGCCGGCAAGCCCCCUAGCACUAUGGAAGAUUUGCUCGUGCGGUCCCUGAAAUACAUUCGGAUUGAGGAGUCUAAUACUUUAGAUCCUUCCUUUAGCGGCAAAAGGAAAGGUCGGGAAGAGGAAAAGGAGCCGAAAAAGAAAGAGGAACGCAAGCACGUACCUCCGGCGGGGUUUGCUCACUACACCCCCUUGAACGCUCCUAGGAGGGAGAUAUUGAUAGUGGCGGAACAGCAAGAGCUAAUCAGUCAAUGGCCGACAAAGAUGAAAGAUAACCCCAAGAGAGUCAAUUCCGAUAAGUAUUGCCAUUUUCACCAGGAGAGGGGACACACGACGGAGGAAUGCCAUCACCUGAAGAAUGAGAUAGAAAAAUUGAUCCAGCGGGGACACUUAAAGGAAUAUGUCAACCAUUAUCUACAAGGACGCCAGUUUGACCGUGGGCCGAAUGUGCCAACUCCUCAUGAUGAUAACUAUCCCACCGCAGGAGUUAUCCCGUGA